CCCUUACCGCCAACCCUCAUUUUCGCAAUCUUCUCGGCCUCCUGCCUUUCCGCAUCUGCCUUCUCCUCCCACCGGCGCUGCUCAGCCGAUUUCUUCGCAGGCUCCCCUCCUUGCUUUGCCACCACCCCCAAACCAGUCUCUCAUCCCCAGUCCCACGCAGAAUCCUGGUCAGAUGAUGGUGGCACGCCAAUCGUGGUGGAAGACAAAUCAGGAGAAGCUGGAUCGUGUCUACGAAUUCAUGGCUUCAGAGCUUGAGGCCAGACAGGAGGCGAUUCGAGAGAAGGAGAGGUUGCUGAAGGAGGACAAAGAGAAGAAGAGAGCCAAGCAAGCGGAGGAAAAGGCCAUGAGAAAACUGAAGGAGCGACAAGAAUUCGAGGACAUAAUUGGUUCUAUUAUGGGGUCGAAGAUACAUGAUGCCUGUCAACUAUUUCUGAGCAAGGCCGAUCCGCCAAGGACUGCUGUUGUUCCUUCCGAGAACCAGCGACGCACCGACAGUUUGAGACUGCGGCAAAAUACUGAAGCCGAGAAGGAGCGAUUGGAGAAACAGAUCAGAGUCUUGCGGUACGAACACGAGGCUAUCAAGAAGCAUAUGGAGGAGCUGACGCGCGCGCUGAAACAAACGGGGAAUGCCAUGAAGAGAACGGGUGUUGGGGUGUGCAUCAGUAGCCCUCCAGAAGCACCGGCCAGAGGCAAAGCUCGUGUAGUGGGUGUCGGCACUCCAACGUCAGACGGUUUCCAGAAGCUGCUGAAAGCCUACAACAACGUGAAGGAGGGGAAACUCAUCGCAGAUAUUGAGGUCCAAGCGCUAAGGCAGAGAUUUGAACGUGUUGUGUCUAAGCUAGUGAGACAGGGUCGAACUCCUCGAUCUAACCUAACCAAGCGGAUGAAUAAGGCUACUGAUGACGACGAGCACGAUCUUAACGGUCAGCACGAGGGAGGGUUUGACGAUCUCACUCUCAGGCCUUCUCCUCCUAAGAGAACUUCUGGGCGGCUAGCUUCCAAGACCGCGGUACUUGAAAGGGCGGAAUUUCUCAAGGAAACGAAGAAAUACCUCAAGCGCUUGAAGAAGCAUGGACUCCAGAUCCUCUGCGGCAAAGAAGGCAUCACCUUCGUAACUUGCGAGCAAGCUAUCAAUGAGAUUGCAGAGCUACGGGCUUCGCUGGCAUUUGAUCUUCGUCCACCACCAAAGUCGGAUUGCCCUAUACCAGACUCUGAAGCAAAGGACACAAGGGAAGAAGAGCAAGAGGAUGCCGGUGUACAAGGUACGCAGCCUGUUGAAGUAGAUGACGAUGAGCCGUUAGCGAACGAAUAGGGAUCAUGCCCGAGCGUGCAACGACUGUGGAAGCUGCUGCGCAUCUGUCUACCGCUUCGUAAAUCUAGGAAUGACCUUCUUAACCCCCAUCUCAAUUAUCUGUUCCGAAUGAUUACGGUUGCUUUAAUUCUCCUUCGACAGCUGCCAUGAUGUCUCAAAUUCUCUGACUGUUUGCUACACCUUCUUCAUUCCCCCUAUGACUUCCAAAGUUCUCCUGGACCACUUGUAUACUGUUUAGUUUCCCCAUUUAUGAAGCAAUACUACAUCGGUAGCACAACCAGAUCACUAGACCGUAGAUGGGCUGAACACGUUUACCGCAUGUCUUCCUUCGAUUCUCCUAACAGUCUUCCCAGAAACCACAAGCUUUAUAGAUGGUUAAGGAGGGCGGGGAUGCACCACUACAUAGCGAUUCCUAUUGCUGUUUUUCAAGCAUCAGAUCUGUUAAAUGCGGAAAAUAGACUGAUACGGUCGGCUUCACCUUACUUAAACUCUCGUCCUGAUGGUUGUAGUUCGAGAAGGCAUAGGAAGGCCAGACCCGGUAAACGUGAGCGUAACAAAGCAGCUAGGAACAA